AUGCCUCCUCUUUCUCUUCUCACAGGCCGUGUGGAGAAGCAUGUGAUGACUCAGGCCCGGCACAAGGCUUCCCUCCAGCAGCGGCGCACCGCGGAGUGGGUGGACCAAUCGCCACUCUGGACACAUGGUGGCGCCAUGGACGAGCCCUGGCCUGAGCGCUCAUUGCGGUUUGGGCGGACAAAAAAGAUUGGCGAAGUCAUGAAGCGAGCCAAAAAGAGGAGAAAGAUGUUGACCGUGGUGGAUAAGAAAGCCAAAGGUUCGGACCAAAACAAAAAGCUGGACCGAAGGCGAGAGAAGAAACGCAUUCGGAAACUUUAUCCGCUGCGGGGUCGGACCACAGACAGCGAGGGCCUGAGCUGCCACGUCAUCUUAACAAGACUGGAAGAAAGCCAAGCUGAUUCUGAGCGCAAAACAAGGAAAGAUGGCCACCGCCGACCGUUAUCGCUGAAGCGCAAGGGCAGAAAAAGCAAGAAGGACGUAAAACAGUUACCAAAACUCAAAUCAAAACCGAACAAUACCAGCAUCGUUGACUACAUGCACGUCCUGCAACCACGCAAGCGCAGGCUGGCUUCACUCAACGCAGAGGCAGUGAACAGCCUCCUGCUCGAGAGGCCGUGGGACGCUCAGCCGGCGGCAAAACAGGCGCGAAAGCAAGAGGAAGCCUCGGCUGUAGCGGACGGAGAUGCCACAGCAAAGACUAAGGCAAAUUCAACACCCACACAAGCCGGGAAAGUGUCACUAAUAUCUCCCAAAAAGUGCCAAAAGUUUAAGGCCAAAAAAGUCAAAUCAAAAGUGAAAAGCAGGGACGUGUUGUUAAGUCAGGAAAGUUUGGAUGCGCCCGCGCCAAGACGCUGCUCUGCGUGCAAGAAGAAGAGUGAUUUUGAGCCCAAAGUGGAGUUCGAGUCCAGUGGCUGCACCCAUCGCCUGACCAAACCAGGGUACCAGUCCAGGAGCAUGAUGUCGUACCCGCUAAAACAAGUGAAGGAGGAGCAGAUGGAGGCGGAACUCAGCCCCUACUACUGCUGCCCCCCAAAGGGCUCCGUGGAGUACUGCCACCGCCUGGCGUUCUUCUUGGGCCAGCAGCCGUACAGCGAAUCCAACAAUCAGCAGCUCAAAUCGGCCAUGGCGCCUGUGAAACGAGAGUGCCUGGUGCCCUCCCCCUCGCUGGCGCACCCGCACACCGCGCUCACACUCAGCCCUCACCCGUGCCUGUGCACCGCGGACCAUUGCUUCUCCAGCUACUACGUCCACAUCACGCACCCGCCCCACUCUACCGCCUCGUCGCCCACCAUGGCCUCGCGCUCGCUCAGCUUCACCCCAUCCGGACUGUGCUCGGGCCAGAUGAGCGGCUCCAAAGGGGGGUCCGGGAUGGCGCACCCAGCCUAUUGUAACUCUGUGGGGGCGCCCUGUUACGGAGAGGCGUGCCGUGUGGGCGGCUGCACAUUCAGAGCCAUGCCCCCCGUCACUGGCAGGGGGUGCGCCUUCAGCACCGGAUGCACGGGUUGUACGCACAGCAUCAAAACUGAGAGCUACUCGUCUCCUCAGGGCGACCCGGCUCUGCUUGUCUCCUCCUCACUCCCCAUGUCCACCUGCCCCCUCUCCACCCCGCCCACUUCCACUCAAAACACCAAACCCCAGCUGCUGCCGCCCCAGCCCCCGGCCCGCCUCAAACUGGCCAAAGAAUGUCCCCAGCCCGACAAGACGUCCACCAAGCCGCCCUCAAAGCCCUCCCCCUCCAAAGCCUCCAACGGCUCGCUGUCCAUGGGGCGCACGCGGGCAUCCCAGAAGCAGCCUCCGCCCGCCACGCCCACCCUGAGCACCGCCAAGCAGAAGAAGAUCAGCCGCAGACGGGCCACGAACGGCUGGAGGCCCGUAGGAGUGCCCACGGAGAAGGAAGUCUUCAUCGCCGGUGAAGACGAGACAGCCCUGCGUCAGUGUUACGAGGGAGUGGAGCGGGACGGAGAAGUCAUCCAUGUUCGGGACACUGUGCUGCUGCGCUCCGGACCCAGGAAGAAGUCCCUCCCCUACGUCGCCAAGAUCUCCGCCCUGUGGGAGGACCCCAAAUCAGGCGAGCUGAUGAUGAGUCUGUUCUGGUACUAUCGACCGGAGCACACGCAGGGAGGCCGUGACCCCAGCGCACACUGUGAGAAGGAGAUCUUCGCCUCGCGCCAUCAGGAUGAGAACAGUGUGGCCUGUAUUGAAGACAGAUGCUACGUCCUGCCCCUCGCCCAGUACUGUAGAUUUUGUGCCUUGGUGAAGAGGCGUGCUGAAGGCGCACCCCCCGGUUGCCGCGGGCAACUGGUGCCGAAUCGCCCCGACUUUGCCCCGCCCACUCACCGCUGCGUGCCCUCCGACAUCGACCCGGACCUGGUCUAUCUGUGCCGCCAUGUUUAUGACUUCCGCUACGGCCGCAUUCUCAAAAACCUGCAGUAG